CGCGUAGAAAAGUAGCUCUAGAACCAAAGUUUGCUAAAUUAUUUUCCCGGAAAGUUUAGUCAUUCUCUGGAAAACCAAUUUCUCAGGGAAAACAAUUUCGCAAACGGAGGAUUCGACUGAGCAGGGCUGGUCUGUCAAAAUUUUGAAAUUGAUCCCGGAAUUAGAAAAUUUUUGCCCAUCCAUAAGAUUUGGCCUCAUUUGAUAGCUUGAUAUGUGAUUGAAUUGGAGUUGUGGUUCUUCACUUUUAUCUUCUCUUAAACUUCAGUGAUAUGGCAAAGGAUGUAAUCUUUAGUGCCUCACCCCUUUCGGCAUCAGAAAUUCUCUCCCAGACUGUCCUGGCCAUAUUCGAAACUGUGUCUGCCAAGGAAGUCCUUGUUCAGAAGGAGAAUUUCAAGAAAUUUUCAACUUACUUGGAGAGACUUUCACUUGUUUUGAAAGAAUUCUUCAAGUUUGAUAUCAACAAUUCCGAGAGCUUAAAAAAUGCUAUUGUCAUUCUUAACUCGGAGAUUAAAGUUGCCAAGGAACUAGCUCUAGAAUGUUGCAGCAGAAGUAAGAUAUAUCUCUUGCUCAGUUGCCGAAGAAUCAUUAGGCAAUUAGAGGACACUACAAUAGAGAUUAUUAGGGCUUUAAGCCUCAUCUCUUUGGCCUCUUUGGAUGUUUCAUCAGGUAUAAAUGAUGAGAUCAGCAAGCUACGCAUGAGUAUGAUGGAUGCUGAGUACAAAACAGCCAUAGGAGAGGAUGAAAUUAUGGAGAAAAUCGAGUCAGGAAUACAGGAGAGGAAUGUUGAUCGAUCCUAUGCGAAUGAUUUGCUCAUUCAUAUUGCUGAGGUUGUUGGAAUCCCAACUGAACAGUCAGAAUUAAAGAAGGAAUUUGAAGUUUUUAUGAGCGAAAUGGAGAAUGUUGAGCAGAGGAAAGAUGUAUCAGAAACUGUACAGAUGGAACAGAUCAUUGCAUUGUUUGAAAAGGCUGAUGUGACUAAAACUCCGGAGGAGAAAGAGAUGAGAUAUUUUAAUAAGCUUAGUUCUUUGGGUAGGCAGCCGUUGGAACCUCUGCAGUCAUUUUAUUGCCCGAUCACUGGUGAUAUCAUGGUGGAUCCUGUGGAAACUCCCUCUGGGAGGACUUUUGAGAGAGAUGCAUUAGAGAAGUGGUUAGCUGAUGGUAACAAACUCUGUCCAUUGACCAUGACUCCCUUGAACACUUCAGUUCUAAGAUCCAACAAAACUCUACGACAGUCGAUUGAAGAAUGGAAUGAGAGGAACAUCAUGAUUACAAUUGCUUCCAUGAAACUGAAAAUCCAGUCAAAUGAUGAGCAAGAAGUACUUCAUUCCCUAGGAAAGCUGCAGGAUAUAUGCAUGAAAAGGGAGUUGUACUCCGAAUGGGUUAUUAUGGAGGACUACUUACCAAUUCUUAUUGGUCUUCUUGGUGAGAAAGAUUGUGAAAUAAGAAAGCAAGUCCUGGUCCUUCUCUGUAUCCUUGCCAAGGGCAGUGACAACAAGGAAAAAAUUGUUGAAGUAAAUAAUGCCAUUAAAUUGAUUGUUCGGUUGCUUGCACGUAAGGUUGAGGAAAGUAAGUUCGCAUUGCAAUUGCUAUUGGAACUAUCAAGAAGCAAUGUGGGGAGAAACUCUAUUGGGAGUGUUCAAGGCUGCAUACUUCUUCUUGUAGCUAUGUCCAGUAGCGAUGACACAGUAGCUGCGAAAGAUGCAAAGGAGCUUUUGGAGAGUCUCUCUAUCAUUGAUCAAAAUGUUAUACAGAUGGCAAGGGCAAAUUAUUUUGGACCUUUGUUGCGCUUUCUUUCUUCAGGACCUGAUAGUACUAAAAUGGUAAUGGCCAAGACUUUGUCGGAAGUUGAGUUGUCUGAUCACAAUAAACUGUCUCUAUUUAAAGACGGGGCGCUAGGGCCACUUCUUCAGAUGCUUUCACAUGGGGAUAUAGAAAUGAAGAAAGUUGCUGUCAAAGCUCUUCAAAACCUAUCUAAUGUACCACAAAAUGGACAGCAGAUGAUUAGAGAAGGUGCACUAAGCCCACUGUUUGAACUUCUUUACCGUCACAGCUUAGCACUGCCAAGUUUGCGUGAACAGGUGGCAGCCACAAUUAUGAACCUUGCCAUAUCAACCACUCACCAAGAAGCUGAAGAUGUGCAGGUUUCAUUGUUGACAUCAGAGGAAGAUAUUUUUAAACUCUUCUCUCUUAUUUCAUUGACGGGAGCAGAUGUACAACAAAGCAUUCUCCAGGCCUUCCAUGCAAUGUGCCAAUCUCCCUCUGGCUUAAAAAUUAGGACCACAUUAAGACAGCUCUCUGCUGUCCCAGUAUUAGUUCAACUAUGUGAACUCGACAACCAUAGCAUUCGGGCAAAUGCCAUGAAGCUGUUCUGUUGCUUGACUAUAGAUGGUGAUGACAGCACCCUUUUGGGGCAUGUGGGACAGAGGUGUAUCGAGACCGUGCUAAGGAUCAUCAAAACUUCUGAUAAUGUAGAAGAGACUGUUGCUGCGAUGGGUGUUCUCUCUAACCUUCCUCAAGAUGCUCAGAUGACUCAGUUGCUUCUCGAUGCUGGGGUACUUCAAGUAAUUUUUGCCAGUCUCACUAAUGGAUACAAAAGGGAGGUUACAGAAAAUGCUGCUGGAGCUCUUACACGAUUCACUCUUGCAACAAAUCAGGAAUUGCAGAAGAAAGUAGCUGAAGCUGGCAUUAUCAGCGCGCUGGUACAGCUGCUUGUUUCCGGUACUCCCUUAACAAAACGAAACGUAGCCAUUUCACUUAAGCAGUUUUCAGAGAGUUCCACUGAUUUGAGCAGGCCAGUAAAGAAGCGUGGAAUUUUGGGGUGUUGCUUGGCAUCACCUGAAACUGGUUGCCCCGUACACUUGGGCGUUUGUACUCCUGAGUCAUCUUUUUGCCUUUUGGAGGCUAAUGCUGUCAAACCCCUAGUCGGUGUGCUUGGAGAGCCGGAUAUUGGUGCUUGUGAAGCUUCUUUAGAUGCACUAUUGACAUUGAUUGAUGGCGAAAAACUGCAGCGUGGUAGUAAGGUUCUCGAAGAAGCCAAUGCCAUUCCUCCAAUCAUAAAAUUACUGAGCACGUCUUGUGGCGCGUUGCAGGAGAAAGUUCUGAAUGCCUUGGAAAGGAUCUUCCGAAUGGUUGAAUUCAAACAAAAAUAUGGGACAUCAGCCCAGAUGCCAUUGAUUGAAAUUACUCAGAGAGGAAGUAGUGGUAUGAAAUCUCUGGCUGCCAAGGUACUAGCUCAUCUGAAUGUGCUUCAUGAACAGUCUUCUUAUUUCUGAUUGUCCCUCAUGAAGAUUUUUUAUUCCAUUUACGCGGGAAUGGAUCAUAUAGAAAAACUUUUUUUUGAAUUUGUCCUGUAUAUAGUUCAUCUCCCAAUAAAAAAAUUUUUUUUCUUA